AUGGAGCCCGUUGCGUCUGCUGAAGAGUCCGUAACGGCGAAGAAGCCCAAAGUGAGUGAAGUGAAAGUGGAGCCGCAGCCUUCGGAAGAGGACGAACCGAUGUUUUCUGAGGACAUGUCUGAGGAACGAAAACGAUUCCUGGCUGGAAAAUCUUCAGCUGAAGAUGAGACCGAGGCCAAUCAGCACCAAGUCCCCAAUGGACAACCAUCCACGGCCGAGCCCGAAUCGGAGCUCGAAACUGGCACUACCCAAAAUGACGUCACUCCUGCACCACCCAAGGAUUCCACGUCAAGUAAGUGCUCUCGCCUUGGAUUUACCUUGAUAAAACCUUAA